GAACGAAGCGACGCGAUGACGUCACUUAUGUGCGCCACAACCUUCAAUGUUAUAUACUUUCUUCUCUUUACAGUUAGAUAUAUAAUUGUUUAAUUUCUAGACAUGCAGGGAGCCGCGAAGUGUACUUUAAGACUGGACAUUAGUCGUGCUUUCUGUCCGUCAAGCGUGAGGAGCUGUCGUGCUGUAAACAGAGUAAAUGGCUCAGUAUCAUCCAGAAGAUACAGUGUCCUUCCUCCACCACAUGAUAAAGAGGAAAAAGACAUGCUGGACAGUAUGAUGAGGGUUGAUCAUGCAGGAGAGUACGGAGCCAAUCGCAUCUACGCUGGGCAGAUGGCAGUUCUUGGAAGAACUCAGACAGGGCCUCUAAUCCAGCAUAUGUGGGACCAAGAGAAAAUGCAUUUGGAAAGGUUUAAUGAGAUCCUUGGUGAGCAUCGGGUUCGACCAACGUUAUUGUUGCCAUUAUGGAAUAUUGCUGGGUUUGCAUUAGGGGCCUGUACUGCUCUUUUGGGUAAGGAAGGGGCUAUGGCCUGCACUGUUGCAGUGGAGGAGAGCAUCUCAGAGCACUACAACAGCCAAAUCCGAACACUAAUGGAGGCUGACCCAGAGAGAUACACAGAGUUACUACAGCUUAUUAAAGAAUUUCGUGAUGAUGAAAUAGAACAUCAUGAUACAGGAUUGGAGCAUGAUGCUGAGUCGGUACCAGGAUAUUUUCUUUUGAAAACAGCAAUUCAGGCUGGCUGUAAAGCUGCGAUCUAUAUUUCUCAGCGAAUUUAGAGUAAUUUUAACAAUGCAUGAUGUGUAAAUAUUGUUUUGUUUAUGCCAAUCAUGUACAGUAAGUAGUUGAUUUAUGGAGAGCACAUUUUAAGAGAGGUUAUGGUCAGUUUAUGUGAUUCUAAAAGUAAACUUCUGAAAUCUUCUGAAAACAUUUGAAACAAUUUUGUAAUUAAAAGAUUGACUCCCAAAACUGUUUAUUUGCUUAAAAUAAAUGUGUUCACAAAAUCA